GGUUUUGCAGUGACCCAGAAUCCAAAGGAAAGUGGGCCGCGCUCCCUGGCCAAGGGGGAAAAGGCUGGCGCAGCUGCAACCGCAGCCAGAGGCCUGGGUACCAGUGGGGAGAGGAUGCUGCUGCUGCUGCUAGGCUCUGAUUGGUGCAGAGGGAUGCCGGGAGUCCCCUCCUCCCAUCCUCCUUCGCUCCCAGGGAGGAUGCUCAGGGAUUAGGGAAGCCACCUCCUGGAGCAGCUGCUCCCUCCCUCCCUCCCCACCCCGACCCCUUUCUGACUGACACACACUCCUCUCUGAUGGAAGGGGUGCAGGCGAGAUGAAUGCUCCUGGGAUCCAUCGGGGUUACCUCCGCAAAUAUGUCCUUUGCAGGGGGCUUCCUCUUUAAGCAGUGGAAGGAGAAAUACCUCAUCCUCUCGCUGGACGGGAGCCUCCUCGUCUGCCCGGACGCCAACUCCCCGGCCGAGCUGGACCUUCCCCUGGCUGCCAGCUGUGAAGCCAUCCUGGAGGGCAGCGAGAUCGGCGACCUUCCCCGGCUGCCGCUGGGGGCCCAGAGGGACAGCUGCCUGGGGCUGGACCUUCGCGACGGGAAGAGCCUGCUGCUGCUCGCCUCCAGCAGCCAGGAAUGCAGACAAUGGCUCAAUAUCUUAAGAAAAGUUAAAGAGAGUGUCUCUCAGGGGUCUCCCUCCAGUUGCAAGCUCCAUAUCAACUCGCCAGUGAGAAAAUGUCACGGGAAAGGAGGAGGAGGGAAUGGCAGAGCAUCUCCUAAUGGCACAGAGAUACGAGAAGCUGCCUGUUCCCCGCAUUGCUUACGCCACGGAUCCCCGGCCCGCGCAGGAGUGAGGGCAGCUUGCGUCUUGAUGGGCGGUGCCGCUGCUGGCCCCACCAUGGGCUACAUGGUCACCUCGUCCACAGCGGGGCACCCUGUGGAAUCACACCCGCCAGACUUCAAGGAAUUGGGCUACCACCCGUCUGCCUGCAACUCCGAAUCUCAGUACGAAGCCCUGGAUUAUGAGGGGCUGGAUCAGGACUUCGAUAUGCUAGAUUUGGGAGGGUUUGCCUUUUAAGGUACAAGGUGGCAUCCCCCAAAUGGCAGCUCUAAAGGGCUUAAGUUGAGAAAAUGGCCGGCCUCUUUGCCUGGCAUCAUGCACCAUCCAUGGCAAGGAGACACUGCAUGGCAUGGUCUCUGGUACGUUGUCUUAAAAGGUUGGUGUUCAUGUUGUUGUUUGUCUGAUCCUAAUGUCUUUGUGAUCAAGAUAAUGGGAUAGGGUGUUACAUUCCAACUCGCCGGAGGGAUCCGAGAAGGGCAUGUGUUUCCUCCCUGUUCUCUGUGUUCUUCCUCCUUCUCUAUUAAA